GCAUCAUAAAAAAAACGUUUUAAGAACAUAUCUACUCAGCCGAUAUCAUACAUAUCUUCAAAGUUGAAGGUGAAAUUAGGUUCUCAUUUUUCAAAUAAGGUGCUCAGAUGCAGCUGUGGCUAUACAACGUGGCUUUCUUGGCUGCAACAUGCCUCUCUCGUGUGGCAUCACAAAAUGUCGAAGAGAAUGAUUCUACUUAUCUGGAGGAAUGGGGGAUCCAACGGCCUGAUAGGAGUAGUGCUCUAGCCGUUUUGCAAGACCUGAUAAAAGAUUUAAAAGAGUCAAGUGGAGAAAUUGGGGGCCGAGCGCAUGAUCAAUUCAGACCAACGAAUGACCGAGCAGCCUUUUCAUGGAACGAUUGCCGUGGAAUAUACAAAGCCGACUAUUUUGCUAAACUCGAAAUUGUGUGUUACGACUGUUACAGUCUUUUCCGACCCCACCUAGAGUUAUAUGCACAUUGCAUGGGCAGCUGCUUUGCAAACAAAUGGUUCGGCUCUUGCCUCCAGGUUCUACUUACACCACAAGAAGAAUACCCACAAUAUAAGCAUUAUGUCGAGACAUUAGCGGGUAAACCAUUGUUUCCCAAAGAUAAAAUUCAUGAAAGAACCUGAAGAUGAAAUUCCUGGUUAUGUGUAUUCCGCAUUGUGUAAUGUAACUGUUUUGGUUUUUGAAAAAAAGACAAACAAAAUUAUAGCUUUGAAUAAAUGGUA